AUAUUCCAUGGUUACAAAUCAAAUCGUGGGACCCACUUUGAUGCAAUCAGCAGCAAAUAUAUGAUAAUUUCUCACUCUAAUCUAAUUCUAAUUCUUCGUUAAUAACACACUUUCUUGGUUCCCUCACUAUUCCGUUGCUGACUCAUCACUGUAACUGAAAAUGGCGGAGAAAGAAAAUUUCAACGGCAACGGCGUCUACGUGGAACAACAACAACAAGAAGAAGUGGAUAAGUUGAAGCACAGAAAAGGUACGUCAGUAAAACAGACCUUGCCUGAGGUCCUUAACAGUCUCGCUUCCGCCAUACUCUUUCCGGAACCGGGAGAUGACAAUAACUUACUUCGCCGGAUCAAAAAUUCCGUCGCCGACAACGCUUCACUUCUUCCAGAAGCUUCUAGAAAUUCUGCACGUGAUAUUCUUCUAUGGACUCGUCGCGGUAGCCACCUACGCGCUAUCCUCGUUAUCUCCGUUGGGGCGGUUACUUUUGUUUCUCUUACAGGAUUGCUUGUAUUUACGCUUUUCUUUCUGGCCGCAACCAUAAAUGCCAUUGUCAUAUCGCUGCUGAUGUCAUUGGCUGCAGCUGGAGGGUUCUUGGCUCUUUUCUUUGCUUGUGCUACCGCUAUAUACAUUGGAGCACUAUCAAUAGCCAUAUUUGCAAUUUCAGUUACUACAUUUUGGACAAUUGUGGCUAUUCUGAUAACCUCAGGGUGGAUUGGAUUCUUCUAUACUGUGUGGCUGAUAACUAGAGCGAGUUUCGGGUUUGCUAAACACUCAUUGAGCGCAACUGGCUCGGCAAUCACAACUUACUCUACUUCUCGGGCAUCCCGCCAUGUAAUUCGCAGAGAUUCAAAUUAGGAGAGAAGCAGUUAAGCACAAAUAGAAGCUUAUGUACAAAUCUUUAGUUACAUUCAUAUGUUUGAAAUUAUACAAGCUUAUAUUAAUUAAUAACUAGUAAGAUGCCUUGUAUCUAGAUCUUUCACAGUUUGGUAUCAGUGUCUAUCUUUUUUGUUUUGUACUUAAGUGUACUGGCACAUAUUUGCAUCAAUAAUCCAGGGUAUUGUGUGUUGUUUUGAAGUUUGAUGUUAAUAUAAGGGACUUUUCUUCUUUA